ACGCACGCACGCACGCACGCACGCACGCACGAUGCCAUACUUACGAAAGAGUUGGGGGGAGCUAAUGACAUCCCAGCCCUUAACACGUCCCAUCCCGUCCCGUCCUUACAUAACGCCAUGGCAAUCUUCUAUCUCUUUUCCUCUCUUUCUCUGUCUGUGUUUCUCCCUCACCUCUCUUUUCCUGUCGCGCUUUGGUAGCGAGUCGGUACGGACGGGCCCCAGUACAACCUCACGCGCACGAAGGCGUUGCACUCCGAAAAUCGAGAAGAGCGGUCGCACAAACGAACGAAAUAGCGAGGAACGAUAUGGGCUCGGCAUAAAGACACUGUCAGAUAGGUACCUAGAUAAACAGCUUUGCCGUAUCCUAUCCUCAUAUCCUUUCCUUCUAUCUAUUAUUGUAGGUAUCUACGUGAUGGAUCAACACAUAUAUGGAAUGGCUCCCCCAUCUUUUCGCGAAUACUUCCCUCCUCUAGGUGCCGAGAAGAGGCUACCAUAGGUACCUUACCUACCUAAUGCUAGCAAAUCCGAAAAGGGGGAUCACCACAUGUCCCUUCCACAAAUGUGGGUAAGCACGCAAGACAGGAUGGCGAAAUGUGUCUUCUUCUUCUUCUCUUGUUCUAUUAGUUCUAGACUGCGGACGGACGUUGUUGCUUGCCGCUAUUGCCUCAUCCCAUACCCCUGAAUGGGGAGUCCCAUAACGCUAGAAGAGAAAAAAAAAGGAGGUACCUACGAAUAGGUACAUACUAAGCCGUCUUGUCCUCCCCCCCAGCCACUGAAUAUUGAUCCAAGAAAUCAUGGCGGAAUAAUACAUUUCCGGAUAUAAUAUUUUAUUGAACUUGUCCUUUCCCUAUUCAGGUUAUGAAAGGCCGUGCGUAAGCUGAUGUCGAAUAUCUAGUGUAUGUACUAUUGAUAGAUGUAUGUACGUGAUAUGGAUGUCGUUAUCUAAGCCAAGGCAAGUGAGGAUCAGGUACGAAAGUACUUGAGAAUAUAUAUAUGUAGACAUGUACUCCUACAUAUGCAUCGAGCCCGCACUGACUCCUC